GGGCGCAAACAAAGUGGAAAACCGCGGGGCUGCCGGCCGCGGAGCGAGCCUCCUACCCCGAGACAAGAAUUUUUUGAUGCCUUCUGGUUUGAAGAAUCUCCAGCUGCUCUGUUGAUAGGUUAAGAAGACUGUAUACUGUUCCCACUCGAUGCCAAGCCAGGCCCCUGCAGAACCUGGGAUCUCAGUCCUUCAUGGAGACCAAGUCCCAGCAGGAAUGACAGUGGAAGAAAUUUGCACCCAGAUGGUUCCUCCACGUGAAGUUGUCUUGGGCUGUGGGCCGACUCGAGAACACCUGGUAACCAGGCUAGCCCUCUGUCAGUCACCCAGGGCCGGGCAGCAUGGUGUGGAUUCAGAGGAGGAAGCUUUUGGCAUCUUGCCUAUGCGUCACAGCCUCCGUCUUUCUGCUUGUCACACUCCAGGUAGUGGUUGAACUGGGAAACUUUGAAAGGAAGAAGUUCAAAAAUUCCAAUUUGCGAGAUGGACAGGCAAAGAUGGAAGAGGAGCCUGUGCAUCUCUAUCCACUCCCUGGGAAAGAAGCACUGACCUUGGAUAGGAAAACCCAACUGGAAACUGAUAGCUACCCCAUCAUGCUCUGGUGGUCCCCACUGACUGGGGAGACUGGAAGACUUGGCCAGUGCGGGGCAGAUGCGUGUUUCUUCACCAUCAACCGGACCUUCCUACAACAUCCCAUGACCAAAGCAUUCCUCUUCUAUGGCACUGAUUUUAAUAUAGAUAGCUUACCUCUGCCUCGGAAAGCCCAUCAUGACUGGGCCCUUUUUCACGAAGAGUCUCCGAAAAACAAUUAUAAGCUCUUCCACAAGCCAGUCAUCACCUUGUUCAACUACACUGCCACGUUCAGCCGGCAUUCCCACUUGCCCCUGACCACCCAGUACUUGGAGGGUGUAGAAGUCCUGAAGUCACGCCGAUACCUGGUCCCUUUGAGGUCCAAAAACAACCUUCGAAGAAGACUUGCUCCACUGGUGUACGUCCAGUCAGACUGUGACCCGCCGUCAGACAGGGACAGCUAUGUUCGAGAGCUGAUGACUUACAUCGAGGUCGAUUCCUAUGGUGAGUGUUUACGAAACAAAGAUCUCCCUCAGCAGCUGAAAAAUCCAGCCUCUAUGGAUGCCGAUGGCUUUUAUAGGAUCAUCGCACAGUAUAAGUUUAUUCUUGCCUUUGAGAACGCAGUGUGUGACGACUACAUCACUGAGAAGUUCUGGAGACCUCUGAAACUGGGGGUGGUCCCUGUGUAUUAUGGGUCCCCCAGCAUUGCAGACUGGCUCCCGAGUAAUAGAAGUGCUAUUCUCGUAUCAGAAUUUGCUCACCCUAGAGAACUAGCAAGUUACAUCAGACAACUGGAUCAUGAUGACAGACUAUAUGAGGCCUACAUAGAAUGGAAGCUGAAGGGUGAGGUCUUUAAUCCGCGACUUCUUGCAGCACUCAGGGAACGGAAAUGGGGAGUGCAAGAUGUCCACCAGGACAACUACAUCGAUGCAUUUGAGUGUAUGGUGUGCAGCAAGGUGUGGGAUAAUAUCCGGCUUCUGGAAAAGGGUUUACCACCCAAAAGAUGGAAGGCUGACGUGACGCACCUGAGUUGCCCGGAGCCUGCAGUGUUUGCUUUCUCACCUCUGGCUCCACGUUGGAGCUCUUUGCGGGACAUGUGGAUACCAAGCUUUGAGCAAUCCAAGAAAGAAGCCCAGGCACUAAGGUGGCUGGUUGAUAGGAAUAAAAAUUUUUCAGCUCAAGAGUUUUGGGCCCUGGUAUUCAAGGACUAAUUUCUACAAGUGUCAGAAUGAUAUAGACUAGAGCUCUCUUGAGGUUUAUUUUCUAGGUUGCCUUAAUACAUGAAUAUCAUAGCUACUUUGUUGACCCUCCUUUAGGAUAAGAAUACUUGCUGCAGUACUCAUAAUGAGCCCUCUCAGAUAAUGGAUGUGAAUUGCCCUUAGGGGUCACCUCUAUAUUUUUUAAUACUAAAAAAGUAAAUAUUUCUUAUGGUCACCUUCCAUUUACAUGUCUGGACCGAUGUACCUGCCUCCUUUUGUGGAAAUUCGGCUAAUGUGGAGUGAGUGCUUCCCUCCCUGCAAGCGAGGCAGAGGGCGGAGCUGCGGAUUCUUGAUAUUCACCUCACUGUCUGCAGUUUAUUAGUAUUUGGCAGGCCCAGUGUCCUGAUGCUGAGCAUGAACGUGAAAUGCAUUAGAACUUGGCAAUGAGAGAUUCCAUCUGUUGGUUUCCAGGGAUGUAAGUGAGUAAUAAAAGCUGUGUGAAU